CCGCGCCUCUUCGAACUCUCCACCCCCGAAGGCCCCGUUUCGUUCCUUCUCUCUCUUCGCCGUCGCCGUCGCCGUCGCCGUCGUCUUCGUUUUCUUCUUCUGCUCUCUCUCCGAUCAGCUCCGAUGGCUCUGCAACUUUCUCUCUCUAACCCGCCCUCGCUCCGUUCCAGCAGCGCUGGCAGCUCCGCGCUCUCGGUCGCCUCCUCCUCGUCUUCCUCCUCCGUAUUUUCGCCGCCGUCGAGGCCUUUGAAGAGCGUGAGCAUCGCCGGUCGGGCUCCGAGGAGCGGAGCCGCCGGCGUGGUGAGGUGUAGCGUGGAGACGGCGAUCGCGGAGGUCGGGCAGGUGACGGAGGUCAACAAGGACAGCUUCUGGCCCAUCGUUAGGUCCGCCGGCGACAAGACCGUCGUCCUAGAUAUGUAUACCCAGUGGUGUGGACCUUGCAAGGUGAUGGCUCCAAAGUAUCAAGAACUAUCUGAAAAGUACUCUGAUGUUCUCUUUCUAAAGCUGGACUGUAACCAAGACAACAAGCCUCUGGCAAAGGAGCUUGGCUUAAAAGUGGUUCCCACUUUCAAGAUCCUCAAGGACAACAAGGUCGUGAAGGAAGUCACCGGGGCUAAACUCGACAAUCUAGUCCUAGCGAUUGACGCCGUCAGAUCGAGCUGAAUUGCGCUCCACCAGAAGAGAGAUUCUCGUAUACCAUGACCGACUUCGCGGCAUAAUCGUUGUACUUAUAUGUAUCUAUCUGUAUCCAUCACUUGAAAUUUCGAGCUGAAGCUGAAAUGAACCGGAGUGACUUUACACACGCCUUUGAGCACUGAAGUCCUGAAGUCGCUGGACUACCUAUCUUUCAACUGCGAGGUAACGCACGACGUCGGUGUUUACCUGAUGUAUGUAUGCAAAGCUCAGACAGCUGCUAGAAAUUCAAGAAGCUUACAGAACUUGUUGCCAAUGAAGUCUUCUUUGACACAAA